UCCGCGCUGCAGAAAGCGCUCUAUUCGUGUUAGCGGGGAUAAGCACUGGUCUUUGGAGGGGACUAUCUUGAUCGCUAUAGGAUCUUUGCGCAGGAGCAUUAAGCCGGAAAGCAAAGAUAUCUCUGCCGGAAACAGUUCCCAAAGAGUAACAGACCUGGAGGAAAGAGAGCGGAUAAAGGUCCGUCCGCAAAUCUGGGAAAUGUCCGUGGGGCCAGCGGCAGGGAAAAGACCAGGAAAGCUAUGAGACUCGCGGCCCUGAAUGAGAACGUGCAUGACCACCCUGUUACACCCAGAGGGUAAAAAAAGUAAACCUGUGCUGCGAUGAACUGAUCUGGAGAGAGAACACGUGAAUUUUCAUCAUGUCAGUGGAGAAGAGGGUAAAUGCUGCUGGAUAAAGUGAUUCAACAGAUGGUUUGUUGAUCCUUGGAAAAGGAAGGAUUCCCCAUCUCAGCUGGAAACUUGUGCAUCUGCUUUGUGCCUGGAGUGAAGUUAAGUGUUUUAUCUUGUUGAAACACCAUUAAUGCAGGUCCCAGAAGACACACCAGUGCAUCCUCACAGGAGAUAGGAGGAGGGGGGGGGGGGGGGGGGGGGGGGGGUAGCAAGGGCUCACAAUGCCGUCCAGUCCGGUGACUGAUCGACGAGUUCAUACAGGGGAGAAAUCAUUCACCUGCUCUGAGUGCGGCAGGACAUUCGCUCGGGCAUACAACCUGCAAGUACACCAGCGGGUUCACUCCGGGGAGAGGCCGUUCACCUGCUCCGAUUGUGGGAAGGGAUUCAUUCAGACAUCUCACCUGCUGAUGCACCAGCGAGUUCACACCGGGGAGAAACCGUUCACCUGCUACGAGUGUGGGAAGGGAUUCACACGGUCGUCCUUCCUCCUCAUACACCAGCGGGUCCACAGUGGGGAAAGACCAUUCAUCUGCCUGGUGUGUGGGAGGGGAUACACCCAGUCAUCCAACCUGUUGAUACACCAGCGAGCUCACGAUGAGGGGAAGCCAUUUCGAUGCCCCGUGUGUGGGAAGGGAUUCACCUGGUACAAAGACCUGCAGCGCCACCAACGAGUUCACGAUGAGGAGAAGCCAUUUUCCUGUCCUGAUUGUGGGAGGGGAUUCACCCGGUCCUACAUGCUCCUGAGGCACCAGCAAAUUCACACUGGGGAGAGGCCGUUCACCUGCACUGAGUGUGGGAAGAGAUUCACUCAUUCAACCUACCUGGAGAACCACCAACGCAUUCACACCGGGGAGAAGCCAUUCACCUGCUCCCAGUGUGGGAAGAGAUUCAUUCGGGCCUCCAACAUGCUGACACAUCAGCGUGUUCACACUGGGGAGAGGCCCUUCACCUGCUCUAAGUGUGGGAAGGGAUACACAAAGUCUUCCAGUUUGGUGAGGCACCUGCGAAUUCACACUGGGGACAAAGUUUAAGUGUGCCGUGCGCUGUACAUUCAACUAUUGAAGCCACCAAAAAACAGACUCCAGUUCACUGGCCAAUCUGAGGUUCUCAACAGAACUGCCAAUUUUCAUCUUGAACGACAGCACUAUUUGUGUUCUUCACCAUGUGGUUUUGCCCCGGAUUAUGUAGACUUUAGAGAUACAGCAUGGAAACAGGCCUUUCAGCGAACCAAGUCCACGACGACCAGCCACCAUCCUGUACAUUAGCACUAUCCUACA